GAGGCCAUAAUUGAAUGAAUCUUCCGUGCAUUAUGCCAGCGCGGAUUUGUAGUCGUGCUUCCUGAGUGGCGAGUAUUGAUCGAUGUGGAGUGUGCUCACAGUUUGUGGGUGUGUGCAUGACAAUGGGAGGUGCUGCGGCUCCAGCUCAGAGGAGUUCACAGCUGCGGAUGCUACGGAUUACACUGUUGGAUAUUUAGCAAGUACACACAGGUAAUCUUCAAAGUGAAUUACUUGGCAGAAUUCAGGGGGGACUUAGGCUUGUUUGAAUGAAGAACAGGGAGACUUGCAUGACUCUUGAGUUAACAUGAAAAAAAGGCAGCUUUAAAAAUCACUGAUUGCUCUUUAAUUAAGAUAUUAAAUCACCGCUGAAAUGUGUUUGUUUUGUACAAGAUGACAUCUCCUGUAAACCCCCCAGUGGAUGAUGAAGACCGCAUCGAGCUUGAGAAAAUAGAGGACCAUGUGUCAGAUGGUACAUUGUUGUUGUUUACUUCAUACUCCCAUCUUUCUCUGACAAAGUUAUUGUUGGCCAGAAUAGAAGUGAGAAAGAUAAAGAUAAGAUCAAAGUGGUUCAUUUAUAGAUGUGGUGCAUGCCUAAUGUAAGUGGGAGAGUGUAUUUUCACACAGUAUAUAUUUUCCUCAGGCUAGAUUCAAUUCAGGAAAGUAGAUCCAAAUAAAAGCUUGCAAAUCAAUAAUCUCUCCUCCAUUAUACACUCCAAGUCUCACCUCCCAGACGUUCUGCAUGUUAAUGGUGCUCUGAAUAAUUAACACUGCUUCAUAGAGGAUCUAAAAAACUUGUCAGAUAAAAACUGGAUGCUGAAUCAGCAACAUUUUAUCAUCAAAAAAAAAUCACCAAUCUGUGAAUACUUCUUUUAAAAGACGACAUUACAGAGCUGGUGCCGGGCGGUCCAUCCAGAAAGAUGAGGGACAAGUCUGUGAGCGAGGUCCGCAGACUGAGCACCAUCUCAGAGAAAGAACCAGAGAAGGUGGACACAGAUCCCAGCUCCCAUGAUCCCCCGGGGGGCAGUGAAUGGGGUGGAUCCAGCUUCUCCACAAGUUCGGACAAGUUUAAUAACAGCAGCAGCCGUUUUUCCUCCGAUGAGUCCUAUCAGCCCGACACUGCAGGUAAUGUUUAACAGAUCUUCAGUUCAACAGUUGAUGUAAUAAAACACAGAAGGCCUGAACUUAAAGGGUUAAUCAUUGACGUGCUCAUGGAAGCACGAUUGAUCAGACAUGCUCAGAUGGGUGUGAUUUGAGGCUUUAGGACAGUAUAACACUAAAAUGAAUCUCCUUUUUAUGGUUGUGUCUUUCUGAUUCAUGGAUUUAUUGUGUCUACUUGUGACAUUUUCCUUUUUGUGUAUUUCAUUUGACCUUUUGUGGUUUGUAUUUUUACUUUACAUCUCUAUAGUCCUUAAAGAUAUCAUCUCUCUUUUGUUUUCCUGUUGUGUAUUGUGGUCUUUUGCCACUCUUUUGUGGUCUUUUUGUACCUAUUUGUUGUAGUUAUGUGUCUUGUGGAUGUCUUUUAUUUUUGUUUUCUCUUGUCUCUUUUGUUUAUCAGUGUUUCUUUUAAUUCUUUGAUCUCUUUGGCUGUUUUUUUUACUUUGUUUUGUGUCUCUGUUUGUCCUGUUUCUUGUUUUGUGUGUGUACUCUGAUCAUUUUGUAUCUUUUUAGUUGUUUUCUUACAUGUUUUGAGUUUCUUGAAUUCAGUUCAUGGCUCUUUGUGGUUGUUUUGUGCCCCCUUUUGGCUGUUUGUGCCUCUUGUUGAUUUAGUUUGUCUUUUGUUGUACUGAGAUGUGUCUUUUGUGUGUCACAGUCCAGGGUUAAACAAAAGGGAAAGGACCCAAAUGCAGGCAAAAAGGGAUUGAUUUAAAAAGAACUAAAUGAAAACAAAAACUUUCUUCAAAAUGUCUAACUAAAAAAAAAGUAAAUCGACAAAACCACAAGAAGACUAGGGAUACAACAACAGCUAUGACAGACACUCACUGACAGACAAAAGCACACACAAUGAACCAACAGGACAGAGGGUAAGACAGAGACUUUAUGCACACUGGUUAACGAGCAACAGGUGAGGCUAACGAGACACAGGUGAGGCAAAGAGACACAGGUGAAACUCAUGAGUGAUUAACGAGGGAGGGAAAACUAGGGAAGUAAAACCACACUAGAAACACAAGGAAAGCAAUGACUACAAAAUAAAACAGGAAACACAGAAAACUGAUCUAAAGAAUAAAACACAGAGAACAGGAGGGAAACAGGGUCAGACACAAACUAGAAACUCACAAGACUGGACUACAGGGGACAGGAACAAUAAUGAACAGAAACACCAGGGAAAACACAGAAAAUACACUCAAAAUGUGUCUUUUUGAUCAUUUUGUGUCUUUUUAUAGUUAUUUGGGUCUAGUGUUGUGCAUAUUAUUGAGCAUUUUAUAUCUGUGUAGUUGUUUCUUGGCAUGUUGACAUUCUUGAAGUCAGUUCAUGACCCUUUGUAGUUGUUUUGUGCCCCCUUUUGGCUGUUUGUGCCUCUUGUUGAUUUAGCUUGCGUCUGUUGUUCUGAGGUGUCUCUUUGUGGCAAAUUCACACCUUUUUUUAUUGUUUUGUGUGCGUUGUGCGGCUUUUAACCCUGCAUGAGACUCGGCUCCUGUUCUAGUGUUUUAUGGUUUGUUUUUAGUUAUUUGUUUCUAUGUUUUUAAAUUAGUUUUUAAAAACAUUGAAACUAUAUUUUUUACUUUUUAAUUCUGCUUUUAUUUUUAUCCAUUGUUUUAAUUGUUUUUUGAUUGUUUUUUAUGUCGUUGUUUUGUAUAGUUAUGUACAGCACUUUGUUCAGCUGUGGUUGUUUUAAAGUGCUUAACAAAUAAAGUUGGGUUGAGUUGAGUUGAGUUGUUUGUAGUGGUUUGUGUCUUGUUUAGUCCCUUGGUGGACAUUCUGGUUUUGUUUAUGCUCGUUUUGUGUCUAUUUCAACCUUUUGUGUCUUUUUUUGUUGUCUGAUUAAAGUAACAUGGUUGUUCUGUCAACUUUUAAUAAAUGAAUAUUACAUUACCAGUACCCACUAAACUAUUAAGCUACCUUCUCUGGCUUCCUAAGAAAUUUUAAAUAACUUUAAUUCUCUUGUUUUGACCAGAUGACUGCGCAGCACUUCUUCUGGCCUGUCUUCACUGUCGUUUCCACGAGUUAAUAAUGGUCCUGUUACCGGAUACAUGUGAGCGGGCUGUUAGCCGCUGUUUUCCCUCAUACAAAUACAUCAAGGCGUCCACUGAACGAGACCAGCAGGAGAGUGAUUGCUGCUCUUGUAAGCUGGAUCUGGACUGUAACUUCUGCAGCUGCUGUCAGGACACAGGAGAACUCAUAGAGCUGGCCAUGGAGAUCUCAGAGGUGUGCUACCGCUGACUAAUCUCUCUCUCUGUCUUGCAAAACCAAGUUCUCUGAUUUACGAAGAAAAAAGAAAAACACUAUAAACGUUAAGGACUUGAAUGCUCCACAAACAGCAUUACUUUUUCAACUCACAUGGGUGUAAUGAAUUUCCUGCAUCACAAAGAUUAUUUUUUUUUUUAAUGGAGGCCUCAUGUUAAAAUUCACAUGAUCUGUAGCUUGUGCUAUUAAAGCAGAUUAACUACUGCCACCCUUUGAAAGAGAGCAGAUUUGGUUGUAAUUAUGUGUCACAUUUCUCAUUUGUUUGAGCAACAACACCAACCAAACUUUGUGUAAGGUAUGCAAUGUGAAGUGCAUUGUAAAUGAAGUGCAUUAUUAUUUGUCAUGAAACAAAGCAAACAGACAGGUUUACAAAAAGACAGUCAGGUCAGGCAGAGGUAUCAGAAAAGUGAGGCGAAAAGGCAAGGUCCAAAAAGACGAGACAAAAAGUAGGACGAACUGGCGGCGAGUCAGUAAGACACACAAGGUUGAAUACAAGAGGUAAUAAGGGUGAUGGGAAACAGGUGGGGAGACACAAUCAGGUAGCAGGUGUGACAAUACAGGGGGGCAGGGCAGAGCAGACAGGAACAAAUUUAGAAAAGAGAAACAAGAAUUAGUGAACUACAAAAUAAAAAUACAUGACAUGAAACAAAACAUGAAUAUGCAAAAAUAAAAGGGAACUUAACCGACAUGACAAUUAUUAUUAUUAUUAUUAGCCACAUUCCUACAUUGAUAUCCUUUGUAUACUACUGUCUCUUCCUGCAGCAUGACAAACUGGGUUGAAAUUAUUGAGGAGAAACUGAUCAUGUGAUUAAAUGAACAAUGCAAAAAGGCCUCCAGAUAAGGUAUAGUAUUUAUGUCAUCGAUGCCACUAUAAGGAUUUAUAAAGCAGUGACAUUGUGAGCCAAAUUCUAAGGGAAAUAAAUGAUUGAGUUUGAUUCAAA